UGGUUUGUGUGGUGAUAAAUUGGCGGGAAGUAAGUGGAAGUAGGUUAAUGAAAAAUUCUCGCAAUUUUUAGCAUAAAUUUGCAGUUUACUUGUUUUUAAAUUUCAUAUCACCUUAAUUUACACAAUGCCUGUCGCAAAGUUGAAAGUCCAACAACAAAUUGCUAAUAUUAUCAAAAGGUUUAAGUUCGAUGAAUUAGAAACAUCGGUAAUGACGACUUUCCCAGAAAUAUCAUGGACUGAUCUGAAGAGUGCAUUGGUUAAACAUCGUAGAGCCUUCAUAUCAACUAAUGUGGCACUAGUUUUUAGACAACUCAUUUCUGAAGCAAAGAUUGAAGACAAAGUUUUAUGCGACCGUUUAUUAACCUUACAACUAAUUGACAUUAGUUGGCAUAGUAAGAAGAGUAUAUGGUAUUGUUAUACAUUUACAGAUUCUAACAGAUCGUCAAGUUAUUUGACAAGUACACAAAUUCAAACUAACAUGCAAGAUUACUUCGAUUCUCUAAACAUAGCAACUGACAUAAGGAUAAAUGUACACAAUGAUAUUACUUACAUUUCUUUAAUGGAAAAAGUAAGUACAAGUAGAAAAAGGAAACUCCAACAUGUGAGGCCAAUAUAUGUUGCCUUCUUUAUGGAUCAGAAAUAUUUCUUUUCUACCCAUAAACACCUUUCAUCUGAUAUCUUAAAUGCAGUAGCAAAAGGUGUGGGUUUUGACAAUCCUAAACGACUCAAGUUAUCUGGUAGAGUCCUUCAGUCAUUGAAUCAGUUGUGUUGGAACAAAAAAGAAGGAGCAGUGAAUUCUGAGAACGUUACAGAAGAUUUAACAUAUAUUGAAAAUGAACCUGAUAUAAGAGACACUGGUGUCGAUUUUACUCAACAGAAUGCACGGGAAAAUUAUACUAAAAGAUGUUUUAGUGACAAUCCUCCAAAUUUGGAAAAACUUGUUUGUACAGGAUUAGAGAUACCUUUUUCACAUGAAUCCAUAGCGAUGGAGUUAGCAGGUGAAGAAAUAUCCGUAAAAUGGGAGUUUCGUAGUCGCGAUAUUGCUACGUGGUUGUCAAAAUUAAUAGAGCGACGUGUACUCGUUACACCUGUACCUCAUUAUAUAUCAAACUUAAUGACACUUGGUAGAAAUGAACUGACUCUUGCGAGAGAUAGUGAUUGAUCGAGCGAUGAAACGUGUCAGAUGAAUUAGUUUGUCAGUUCGAAAGACGAGGCAAAAAAAUUGCUCCUGCUUAUAAAAACAUAUUUUUAGAUAAUUAUUACUAUCGAUUAAAACUUAACAACUUUAUUUCUGUGUUGCGCUAAUAUAUUUUUUAUUAUAUGUUGAUUAAAUAGCGAGAUUUUAAUAACUUGAUAGAAUUAAUAAACCUAAAUGAAAUUUGUACGUAUAAAUCAGGAAUUAGAUAUAUUAAAUAAAUAAGGACAGACUGUAACGUUUUAUACAAUA